GGUGUCUGCGGGCGGGGAGCAGAGGCGGUGGGAGGAAGCCGAGCAGCUGUGGUAUUUGGAGCAAGUAUAAAUAGCUGCUUGGACAGAGCUCGGCCAAGCAGGGGUUUGUCGCUGCCACGGCUCCGCGCGCAGGCCUGUCCUCGGCUGGCCACUGCGGCGGCCCAUCCUGGGCGGGGAGCCCGGCGGUGGGCAGGCGGAGCGCCCUGGGGGCUCUGAGCCCACAGCCCUCGCCCUCGCCACAUCUCCGAUGCUCUCCCGGCCGGCCAUGCUGCUGGGCGGCCUCCUCCUCGUCGUGGCCGCCGGGUCGGUGGCCCAGCGGAGGGGGCAGGAGGCGAGCGGGCGCCGCCGGGCACACCGCGUCCAGCAUGGCCAGUGCAGCUACACCUUCGUGCUGCCCGAGCCGGAGCCCUGCCCGCCGGAGCCGGAGGCCUUCGGGGGCUCCAACAGCCUCCAGAGGGACUCGCCGGCCGCCGCACUGAACCUAGCCGACUGGCCGGCCCAGCGAGUGCGACAGCUGGAGAAGGUGCUGGAGAACAACACACAGUGGCUGCAGAAGCUAGAAAGGUACAUCCAGAUGAACUUGAGAUCAGAGCUGGCACAGGUCCAACAGCACAUGGUCCAGAACCAGACGGCCACCAUGCUGGAGCUAGGCACCAGCCUCUUGAACCAGACCACCGCCCAGACCCGCAAGCUGACUGAUGUGGAGGCUCAGGUCCUGAACCAGACAUCCCGAAUGGAGAUCCAGCUGCUGGAGACCUCGCUGUCCACCAACAAGCUGGAGAAACAGCUGCUACUGCAGGGCCAUGAGCUCCACAGGCUGCAGGGCCGCAACAGCGCGCUGGAGACGCGGGUGCAGGCCCUGGAGACGCAGCAGCAGGCGGAGCUGGCUUCUCUCCGCGGCGAGAAGGAGCGGCUGCGGCGUCUGCUGGGCCGCCAGAGUGGCGCCCUCGCCGGCCUCGAGCGCAGCCUGCGCGCCGCCAGCGGCAACUCCAGUCUCGUGCAGCGGGAGCAGCGCCGGCUGCUGGAGUCCGUGCAGCGCCUGGUGCGCGUCGUGGCCCAGGGCCCGGCCUCUGUGAGAGCAGCUGAGCACGUGUUCCAGGACUGUGCAGAGAUCCAGCGCUUCGGGGCCAAUGCCAGUGGCAUCUACACCAUCCAUGUGGCCAAUAUGACAGAGCCCAGGAAGGUGUUCUGUGACAUGGAGGCCAAUGGAGGCGGAUGGACUCUCAUCCAGCGCCGUGAGAAUGGCAGCGUGAAUUUCCAGCGGAACUGGAGAGAUUACAAACAGGGCUUCGGUGACCUGGCGGGGGAGCACUGGCUGGGCAAUGAAGUGGUGCACCAGCUCACCAGCAGGGCAGCCUACUCUCUGCGCGUGGAGCUGCAAGACUGGGAGGGCAACGAGGCCUAUGCCCAGUAUGAGCAUUUCCAGCUGGGCAGCGAGGGGCAGCUGUACAGGCUUUCUCUGAGUGGGUACAGCGGGUCAGCAGGACGCCAGAGCAGCCUGGUCCUGCAAGGCACCAACUUCAGCACCCGUGACGCAGACAAUGACAACUGCCUCUGCAAGUGUGCCCAGAUGCUGUCUGGAGUGUGUCCCCGAAGGUGUUCCGGAGAGAAUAACUCAGGCUCCCCUCGAAAAGUACCUAUGGAGGGAAACACCAGCUUAAAUCAAUAUGAACAGGCAUCCAUAGCUGCAGGACUUGUCAGAGCCUUUAGUGUGGGCAUAUGCCUUUUGACUGCCUGUGAAGAGGUUAGAGUGGGCAGCUUUCUCCAAGUGUCCUUAUUGGAAAACAGGCCUUCUUUAUCCCAGAGCAUCUCUCGGGGCUGCAGAUGCCCUUGGAAAAAGUUGGUCAAGUGUGAAGAGGAGGAGCCCUAGCUCCCCACCCCCAUCUGCACUCACACUUUCGAGCUACAAGAGACACAGUGAUGGUCUCCAACAGCCUCUAAAAGCAACUGGAAGAAGCUUUGGGUUAAAGAAGACACAUGCCACCCCUGAAGAAGGACCUAGAACUAAGUUUCCAAUCUGUGCUGUGGGCUGGGGUCCUGCCAGGCUCCUUCUGGCCCCAGGAAGCCAGAUAUCUGCCUGGAGGCUAUCCUCUCAGCACUCCCUGUAGCCCUAGCCCACCUUGGCUCAAGUUUCAGGGACUGUUGGGGACUGUCCACUCUGCCUUGGGCAGGAUGCCAUCUUCAAGUCCAGAUCCUUCCAGCCUCCAAGCCAGGACCCUAGCCCUCUCCUCCCACCUGAUCCAACAGUGAUGCUACAGUUGGGGGUUUGAGGGAAGUGGGAGUGUGGGGCAGAGCCAGCCUUGGCCUGGGUCUGGGAGACCAGGGGCUCCCCACGAGCUUCCUUCAGAGGACAGGGUCAGAGAGGGGCCACAGCCGCCCUGCUACCCACCCCCAUCACUGUCACCCUCCUCGGGCCUGAUGAGGCCAGCACCGUCCUGCUGUCUUCAGCCAACACCCAGACCAGCCGAGACCAACCUGCUCUCCCACCAGGGUACGCCUCUGUCUUCAGGUUUUCUCCUGGAUGAGGCUGGGAUGGUGGAAAUGGGCCACCUUUUCCCACCUGUCCUUGAGUCCCGCCUCAGCUGGUCCCCUGAGCAAAGCCAGCACAGAUUAACACUGAUCUCUUUGAAAAAAACAAAGGAUGGGGUUGCCAAUGGUGGCCUUUCAGGCAGGAGGGGGAAAUUACCGAGGGGCAGGGUGCUGCCCCGAAGGCUCACGUGGCCUCACACAGCAUUUGCUGGGCAGGCCUUCAUUUAGCAUCUACCGCGUGAGCAGCCGUGCUGCCGGCGGGGCUCUGGAAUUGGACAGACCUGCUCCAGCUCCUGGACUUGAGGCCAGUGGCUCAGCCUCUCAAGGCCUCAGUUGCCUUGUCUGUGAACUAGAAAUGAUGCUCUCUCCUGGCUGGGCUGUGGCAGGAGGUGAUGAAACCGUGUAUGUCAACUUUGUAACAGGGCUCGGCAUGAGCAGGUGCCUAAUAAAGUUUAGUUCCCAAAGAGGAAA